AUGCUUGAGGCGACGCUUUCUCGCGCGCUCGAGGCCACGCUCCGUGUGUGCGCGGUGGUUCGGGAUCAUCGACAGCUACAGGAGGCGGCGCCGUGGCUUCUGUCGCGUAUAACGCGAGCCAGGGCCGUCUUGUGUCGCGUCAUGGGCGCCCAGGCCCGCCUGCGCGACCCUGAGGCCAUCGAGGCCCGCCUGCGCACAGAGCUCCUGCCGGCUCUGGAGGAGCUCGAACGCGCCGUACCGAAGCAGUCGGACAGGGCCGCUGCGUGCAGCGCCAGCGGCGCGUGGCAGAGCCGCGUCAAGAAGCUCACGGACGUGCUUGUGUCCAUCACAGGGCACAGUUCCCUCGACACCGAGCCCUUGGACCGGGACGACAACGCCAGCACGCAGCAGCACGCGGCGAUCCAGCGGAAGGAUGCGGCGACGGACCCCGCGCCGUUCGCGUCUGCGGAGUACGAUUGCGGCAUUUGUCUGCGUAGCGUUCGGGACCCGGUGAUGCUGCUGGACAGCGGUCAUACGUACUGUCGGGCGUGCAUCGAGAUGUGGGUCUCCGGCAGGUUGGCGGCCAACCACGAGCCGACGGACCCGCGCACGGGUAUGCGGCUGAAUCUGCCGGUGCGGUCUGUUGAGAACUGGGCGCUGAAGAGCGUGCUGGGGCCGGAGGUUGAGCUGUCUGGAGAGGCGGAGAGGGUGCCGUUCACGAUCAACACUGUGGCGAAGCUGCGCGCGGCGAUCGAUGCCGGAUUCAGGAAGGUGAUCGACCUCGAGGGGCGCACGUUGAAAGGCAGCGGCGACGAUGCGGUUGUUUUGCCCCACCCCGGAGUGACCCUGCGCAACGGCAAGCUGGCGGGCGUGAAGCUGGUGAUCAAGCCGACCGCCAAGAACACUCGUCUAGCCGGGCUCACUGUCAGCGGGAGCAAUGGCGGCCCCAGCGGCACCGGUGCACGGAACGCAGUCAUCGUCGAGGCGGCGCGCGGGGUCAAAAUUGUGGGGUGCACAUUGAAUGGCGCGAAACGGGGGUUGGCCGUCUUGGACGGGGCGCAGGUGCCGGCUCCAGUGCACCCAGCGCAUCGCUGUGCGGUCGUCGCAGCGCCAGGCGAGCCGCUCGCGCGCAAGAUCACGUCAUCCGUUCGAACUGUGGUGUGCAGGUGA